AUGAAGAGCCAGAUGCGUGAGAUUGUCCACUCAGCACAAAGGAAUAGAUACAAUGCCGUCAUCGAAACAUCACAGCCAGAGUCAUCCGGCCUGAAUCGCGACGUCAGCCAACGAGCUGUGCCACUCGAUGAGCAGCAGCAUUUUCUGGAGACCCCGACCGGUCAAGGGUUGCCCGAUAGAGGAAGCGUUGGUCCCAACGAUAGUAGCACUAAUGGCGGCGGCGGUGAUGCCCGCGACAUCCACGAGGACGGCGGGUUUUGGGACGAAGGAGCCCUGCUUCAAGAUGAAGACGACUCGCAGCGCAUCCAUCAGAUUACCCUGAACGCUCCAUUAUCGGCAGUCCACGCAAUGACACCACCUGCCUCUGCUUCUUCAUCACGUCGCGGUUGGGGUGAUGAUCCUCGUCUCGGGCGCACUGUCGCCUGCGAACCGGCUUCACCAAACCUCCCCCUUCCAGCAUCGUCCAGUGGGGUUGGACUCGCUGCUCGCUCCUGGGAAGUGGAAGACUUUAUUUCUAGAUUAUUUCAGGGCCACAUCUCGGCAAGAAAUCUCUACGCCUUAUAUUUCGCCGGCGCAAAUCCUUUCCUUCCAAUGUUUGACCCUCUGGCAGAUACUUUUGACUCAUUACGGAGGCGGUCUCCGUUUUGCUUGAUCACCAUUCUAUUCAUCGCACUUAGCCAGUCUCAAGCAGCCCUUGAUGGUAUUCCGAGGCAUGCUCUAGAAAAGAUGAGAGAUGCCGCAGGGCAAGAGUCCCUCCGUCUCGCGGCCGAGAGUCUCUUCAAGAGCCCCCCGACAGUCGAGAGCGUCCAGGCAAUGGUUCUUCUUGCAGCCUACUCGGAGAAAUCCUGGUUCGCUAUUGGCCAUGCCCUACAAAUGGCUUCAGCGCUCGGUCUUGACAAGGCGGUAGGACAGCUGGUGAAGCAGACACCGACAGUAACUUCGAAAACACACGCGUUGAUGAGACAAGCGCGAACCUGGUUCAUCUUGCAUCAUAUGGAGCGCGAGCUCGCAUUCGGCACUGCCCAUGAACCUCGGAUGCCACACAUUCAAGACUCAUCUUUGAGAGCAUACCUCGGCGUGCCACUUACCACAUCCUCUGAUAUCAGAUAUAUAUCCAUCAUCGAGCUUGUCCAGUUGCGUGGUAAGACUGUUUCCCUCAAGCGACUGCGCCUUCUUGUGUACUGA